UGGACACACCUGAAGAGGGGUCUAUACUGCGGACUAUAUGUUUCGCCUGUGGCUAUCACUAAGGGACAGUCUAUUUGCUGCCUUAGACUACUACGACAGAUCUUUGCCACAUGUGGCCAGUGCAGACCUCGAGUUCCCACGUAAUUCACCUGCUAAAUUGGACCAGCAUGUUCCUCUUCAGGAGUCCUCCGGGUCCUGAAGUAGGGUCACCGAAUGGAAAAAAACUAGUCCUCAGGGUGUCGACACUUUAUCGGCGACCUGCUCACAUCUGGCUCAGCCCGCUCUGUGUCACAUAUCUCCAGCCAGUCCAUCAACCGCAUUUGGUCUUGUCACCUUUCUAGGAAAUAUUUUGUCAGGCCACGUUCCAGUGUAACCUGUUGCAUCUGACGGUUGUCAAAAAUAUAAAUUAUUAAGAUCUAUCUUAAUAAUAAUUCUCGUAAAGAAUUAAUACAGCCAAGUGUUUCGAAAAUCUUAUUUGUUUAAACAUUGAAUAUUUAAUAGUUGACCGUUGCAAUAUAAAGGA